UGUUGUGUCAUGUGUACGUGACCAUGGACUCAUAUCUGAGUGUGAGGAGCCUGGCCAGUGUUGUGGCCCAGGGGCUGCUGCAGGAGGUGGCUGAGAGACUGGAUGUCCCCCUGGAGGAGCUGGUCCUGCUGGCUGUCACCUACCCUGGAGGUAUCUAAUCUAACCCUAACCUAACCAUACCUAAGACAACACAACACACUGGAGGAGCUGGUUCUGCAGGCUGUCACCGACCCUGGAGGUAACUAACCACAACCUAACCAUAACCUAACCCCAACCAUAGCCUAACCUAACACAACACAACACACUGGAGGAGAUGGUCCUGCUGGCUGUCACCUAUCCAGGAGGUAACUCACCACAACCUAACCCUAACCUAACCAUAACCUAACCCCAACCAUAACACAACACACUGGAGGAGAUGGUCCUGCUGGCUGUCACCUACCCUUGAGGUUACUAACCGCAACCUAACACGACAUAACCUAACCCCAACCAUAGCCUAACCCUUACUCUAACCUGACGCCAGUAGCCUAGGGGUUAGCGAGGUGGACCAGCAACCGGAAGCUUCAAGCCCCGGGCCGGGCGACACCAAAAAAUGGGAAUGGAACUGAACUGGCAGCUGGAUGGCUGCUGGUCUCUGAUCCUAAGUACUGUUUCAUGCCGUUGUGCCCUUGAGCAAGGCACUAAACCCCACACAAUUGCUCUCCAUCCAGUGAUGCUACACUGCAGCUGACCCUGUGUGUUUGUGUGUGUGUGCGUGCGUGCAUGUGCGUGUGUGUGUGUGUGCACGCGCGUGCGUGUGUGCGUGCGUGUGUGCGUGUAUCUGGGGAUGCUGGAAAAGGCAGAAGACACAUUUAGUUUCCAACCAAUGGAAAAUAGUAUCUAUUCUACCCUAACCACAACCUAACCAUACCUAAUACAAUACACUGGAGGAGCUGGUCCUGCUGGCUGUCACCUACUAACCACAAUCUGACACACACAGGGAUUCACUAGAGUUUCAAUGAUCUGUCUGUCUGUCUGCCUGCUUGUCUAAAUCAUAUCACAUCAAAGUUUAUUGGUCACGUAUACAGAUUUGCAGAUGUUAUCACAAGUGCAGCGAAAUACUUGUGUUUCUAGCUCCAACAGUGCAGUAAUACUUAGCAAUAUAAAAAAUUAUAUAAAUACAAAUAAAAACACAACACACAGAAUCCAGAAAAAUCCAGAGAAAUUAAGAAAUAUCAGAACAAGCAAUGUCAGAGACCAGAAUAUAUAUAUAUAUAUAUAUAUAUAUAUAUAUAUACAGUGAGGGAAAAAAUUGAACUGAUUUUGUACGUUUGCCCACUGACAGAGAAAUGAUCAGUCUAUAAUUUUAAUGGUAGGUUUAUUUGAACAGCGAGAGACAGAAUAACAACAAAAAAAUCCAGAAAAACGAAUGUCAAAAAUGUUAUAAAUUGAUUUGCAUUUUAAUGAGGCAAAUAAGUAUUUGACCCCCUCUCAAUCAGAAAGAUUUCUGACUCCCAGGUGUCUUUUAUACAGGUAACGAGCUGAGAUUAGUGUCACGGUUUCGGCCGAGGCUGCUCCUCCUCCUUGUUCGGGCAGGCUUCGGCGGUCGUCGUCCCCGGAGUACUAGCUGCCACCGUUCAAUGUUUCAUGUUUGUUUGGUUUUGUCUGUUUGUACACCUGUCCCUUGUUAGUGUUUGAUUUGGUUGCCUAUUUAGUUUUCGUGUGUGGGGGCAGGUGUUAUGUGGUAUUGUUUUUUGUCAAGCUGUUGCUCUUUUUGUAUUACUCUCGUGUUUGUUGUUUUCCGAGAGUCCGCACUGUGUGCGCUAUCUUCAUUUUACGCACUGUGUGUGUUGUGCGUAAUUUGUAUUUUGCCUCCCGGUUGGGUUGGCUGUUCGCCUGUUUGGUGCUGCAUUUUGUUAACUAAAGUCUGUUGACGAACGCCCGUGUUUCCUGCGCUUGAUUUCCUCACCGCAUCUACACUCAGCUACUGACAGAAUACCACAUCACAUCAUGGAGUCAGCAGGAGCACCCGCGCCGACAGAGGUCAUGGAGGACCGUCUUCGUGGACAGGAGGACCGGAUUAACCAGAUCGGUCACGCCUUGGAUCGGGUGAUGAAACACUCUCCACCGAUGGGAAAGCAGCGGGGUACCCACGCCCCCACCUACCGGACCAUCCCCAUCGGUCAGUCCUCCAGUCCACAUUCCGGAACCCAGUGGGAUUCGGCUCUCGCUCCCGAGGGCGUACGACGGCUCCGCUGCCGGGUGUCAAGGGUUCCUGCUACAGGUGGAGCUCUACCUCGCCACCGUACACCCGGCGCCCUCGGGACACGAGAGCGUCUCCGCCCUCAUCUCCUGUCUCACCGGCAAGGCGUUGGAGUGGGCCAACGCCGAAUGGAGGAGAAUGAACGCCGCUACCAUCACCUAUGCUGAGUUCUCCCGCCGCUUCCGGGCCGUGUUCGACCAUCCACCAGAAGGGAAGGCGGCGGGGGAGCGUCUGUUCUUCCUCCGACAGGGGAUGAGGAGUGCACAGGAUUUUGCCCUGGAGUUCCGGACUCUAGCGGCAGAUGCAGGGUGGAAUGAGCGGGCCCUCAUAGACCACUUCCGUUGUAGCCUCCGGGAGGACGUCCAAAGAGAGUUGGCGUGCAGGGAUACCAUGUUGACGUUUGACCAACUAGUCGACAUGGCCAUUCGGUUGGACACCCUGCUCGCCACCCGUGGACGUCCCGGAUGGGGGUCGCCCAUUUCACCCUCCAGCACCUCCGAGCCGAGCCCUAUGGAGCUCGGAGGUGCUGGCGCUAGAGAAAGGAGGAGUAGGAACCCGAGGGGGGCCGUCCCCUGCACCAACUGUGGCCGUGGAGGGCACACCGCGGCUAGGUGUUGGGGAAGGUCCCCCGGUGGAGGUGAAGGCAGGCCACGCAUUGGGGAGUCCUCCCAGGUGAGUAGGCGCCCUACUUACCCAGAGCUUUCUGUCGUUCACAUAACCUUGCCUGUUUGUUUUCCACAGGUAGCACCUCGUUCCCAGCAUAAGGCGCUAGUCGAUUCAGGCGCAGCUGGGAACUUUGUAGAUCGCCAGUUCUGUGUAGAAUUAGGGAUUCCUCUCCUUCCCGUUGAUAAGCCUUUCCCUGUACAUGCCCUAGAUAGCCGUCCGUUAGGAUCUGGGUUGAUUAGGGAGGUCACAGCGCCCCUUAAGAUGGAGGCGCAGGGGGGUCAUGAGGAGACGAUUCAGCUCUAUCUGAUUGACUCUCCUGCGUAUCCGGUGGUGCUGGGGCUUCCCUGGUUGAUUACCCAUGACCCUACUAUUUCGUGGCGAGAGAAAGCUCUUAAAGGGUGGUCUGCUCAGUGUGAGGGGCUGUGUCUGGGUGUUUCCAUAGGGGCGACCUCGGUGGAAAGUCCGAAUCUAAUGCCUGCACUGCAUAUUCCCCCCGAGUAUGAGGAUUUGACACUGGUGUUUAGUAAGACUAGGGCGGCGCAGCUGCCGCCUCAUAGACGGGGGGGAUUGUGCGAUAGAUCUCCAGUUAGGAGCAGCCCUCCCGCGGAGCCAUGUGUAUCCCUUGUCUCAAGAGGAGAGGAAGGCGAUGGAAACUUACAUCGCAGAGUCUCUGAGACAGGGAUACAUACGGGCCUCCACUUCACCCGCUUCCUCAAGCUUCUUUUUUGUGAAGAAAAAGGAUGGAGGUCUGCGCCCGUGUAUUGAUUACCGCGGUCUCAAUCAGAUUACGGUGAAGUACAGCUAUCCACUUCCUCUGAUUGCGACUAUGACGGAAUCAUUACACGGUGCUCAGUUCUUCACAAAAUUGGAUCUCAGGAGCGCAUAUAACUUGGUGCGCAUUAGAGAGGGCGAUGAAUGGAAGACAGCGUUUAGCACGACCUCCGGUCAUUACGAGUAUCUCGUCAUGCCAUAUGGGUUAAUGAAUGCUCCCUCAGUCUUCCAAUCCUUCGUCGAUGAGAUUUUCCGGGACAUGCAGGGGCAGGGAGUAGUCGUGUACAUAGACGAUAUUCUGGUGUACAGUUCUACCAAAGCAGAGCAUGUAGCCCUGGUGCGCCGAGUGUUGAGGAGGCUGUUGGAGCAUGACCUAUAUGUCAAGGCAGAGAAAUGUCUGUUCUUUCAGAAGUCGGUCUCCUUUUUGGGUUAUCAGUUGUCUGCGUCAGGGGUGAAGAUGGAGGUUGACCGGGUGUCAGCUGUGCGUAAUUGGCAAACCCCAACCACUGUGAAAGAGGUGCAACAGUUCUUGGGUUUUGCGAAUUACUACCGGAGGUUUAUCCGGGGUUUUGGACAGGUGGCAGCUCCCAUAACGUCUCUGUUGAAGGGGGGUCCAGUGCGCUUGCGGUGGUCAGCUGAGGCGGACAGGGCUUUUGGGAGACUGAAGGACCUGUUUACCUCGGCGCCGGUGUUGGCGCAUCCGGAUCCCGCUUUACCAUUCCAGGUAGAGGUAGACGCGUCCGAGGCCGGUAUUGGGGCCGUUCUCUCACAACGGUCUGGCACACCACCUAAGCUCCGCCCCUGUGCUUUUUAUUCUAAGAAGCUCAGUCCGGCGGAGCGGAAUUAUGACGUAGGGGACAGGGAGCUGUUAGCCGUGGUACAGGCCCUAAAGGUGUGGAGGCAUUGGCUUGAGGGGGCUCAACACCCUUUCCUCAUUUUGACUGACCACCGUAACCUGGAAUACAUCCGGGCAGCUAGGAGACUGAAUCCUCGCCAGGCCCGCUGGACUACGUUUCUAGCCCGGUUUGUGUUUAAAAUCACUUACAUCCCUGGGUCCCAGAACGGGAAGGCAGAUGCCCUGUCUCGGCGGUAUGACACAGAGGAGAGGUACGUUGAGCCCACUCCCAUACUACCAAAGUCUUGUCUGGUUGCACCGGUGGUAUGGGAGGUCGAUGUAGAGAUCGAGCGGCCGUUACGCACCGACCCAAGUCCUCCACAGUGUCCAGUGGGUCGGACGUACGUUCCGCUCGAGGUACGCGAUCGCCUCAUUUAUUGGGCUCAUACGUCCCCCUCCUCUGGACAUCCAGGUAUCGGCCGGACAGUUCACUGCCUUAGCACUAAGUACUGGUGGCCAACGUUAGCCAGGGAUGUGAGGAUUUAUGUCUCCUCCUGUUCGGUGUGUGCCCAGUGUAAGGCGCCCAGACAUUUGCCCAGGGGUAAGCUACAACCCCUGCCCGUUCCACAACGACCCUGGUCCCACCUCUCGGUGGAUUUUGUUACAGACCUUCCCCCUCACAGGGGAAUACUACCAUCCUGGUCGUUGUGGAUCGGUUCUCGAAGGCCUGUCGUCUCCUUCCCAUGCCGGGUCUCCCUACUGCCCUACAGACCGCUGAGGCUCUGUUUACCCAUGUCUUCCGGCAUUACGGGGUACCCGAGGAUAUAGUGUCUGAUCGAGGCCCCCAGUUCACCUCCAGAGUGUGGAGAGCGUUUAUGGAACGGUUGGGGGUUUCGGUGAGCCUUACCUCGGGUUACCACCCGGAGAGUAAUGGGCAGGUUGAACGUGUCAACCAGGAUGUGGGCAGGUUUCUGAGGUCUUAUUGCCAGGGCCGGCCGGAGGAGUGGGCGAGAUACGUUCCGUGGGCCGAGAUGGCACAGAACUCUCUCCGCCACUCCUCCACCCAACUAACCCCUUUCCAGUGUUUGUUAGGGUACCAGCCGGUUCUGGCACCUUGGCACGAGAGCCAGAUCGAGGCCCCUGCGGUGGAUGAGUGGGUGCGGCGCUCAGAGGAGACAUGGAACGCUGCCCACGUUCAUCUGCAGCGGGCCAUCCGUCGGCAUAAGACGAGCGCCGAUCUCCACCGCAGUGAGGGGCCUGUGUACGCACCUGGAGAUCGAGUCUGGCUCUCGACCAGAAACCUGCCCCUCCGCCUGCCCUGCCGGAAGCUGGGUCGGCGGUUUGUGGGACCAUUCAAAGUCCUGAGGAGGUUGAACGAGGUGUGUUACAGGUUAGAACUGCCUAUUGAUUACAGGAAUAUUAACCCCUCGUUCCAUGUGUCUCUCCUCAGGCCGGUGGUAGCUGGUCCACUCCAGGACUAUGAGAUAGAAGAGACAUAUUAGACCUGUCCCUGCUGACCGAGUUCCAUCGGGGUCAUCCUACGCGCCCUGCUCCGCGUCGUCCUGGUCGUCCCCGAGGCCGGGAUCGGCGCACGGCUGGAGCCGCGCGUCAAGGGGGGGGGGGGUACUGUCACGGUUUCGGCCGAGGCUGCUCCUCCUCCUUGUUCGGGCAGGCUUCGGCGGUCGUCGUCCCCGGAGUACUAGCUGCCACCGUUCGAUGUUUCAUGUUUGUUUGGUUUUGUCUGUUUGUACACCUGUCCCUUGUUAGUGUUUGAUUUGGUUGCCUAUUUAGUUUCCGUGUGUGGGGGCAGGUGUUAUGUGGUAUUGUUUUUUGUCAAGCUGUUGCUCUUUUUGUAUUACUCUCGUGUUUGUUGUUUUCCGAGAGUCCGCACUGUGUGCACUAUCUUCAUUUUACGCACUGUGUGUGUUGUGCGUAAUUUGUAUUUUGCCUCCCGGUUGGGUUGGCUGUUCGCCUGUUUGGUGCUGCAUUUUGUUAACUAAAGUCUGUUGACGAACGCCCGUGUUUCCUGCGCUUGAUUUCCUCACCGCAUCUACACUCAGCUACUGACAAUUAGGAGCACACUCUUAAAGGGAAAUCUCCUAAUCUCAGUUUGUUACCUGUAUAAAAGACACCUGUCCAGAGAAGCAAUGAAUCAAUCAGAUUCCAAACUCUCCACCAUGGCCAAGACCAAAGAGCUCUCCAAGGAUGUCAGGGACAAGAUUGUAGACCUACACAAGGCUGGAAUGGGCUACAAGACCAUCGCCAAGCAGCUUGGUGAGAAGGUGACAACAGUUGGUGCGAUUAUUCGCAAAUGGAAGAACCACAAAAGAACUGUCAAUCUCCCUCGGCCUGGGGCUCCAUGCAACAUCUCACCUCGUGGAGUUGCAAUGAUCAUGAGAACGGUGAGGAAUCAGCCCAGAACUACAUGGGAGGAUCUUGUCAAUGAUUUCAAGGCCUCUGUAGCUCAGCUGGUAGAGCACGGCGCUUGUAACGCCAAGGUAGUGGGUUCGAUCCCCGGGACCACCCAUACACAAAAAUGUAUGCACGCAUGACUGUAAGUCGCUUUGGAUAAAAGCGUCUGCUAAAUGGCAUAUUAUUAUUAUUAUUAUUAAGGCAGCUGGGACCAUAGUCACCAAGAAAACAAUUGGUAACACACUACGCCGUGAAAGACAGAAAUCCUGCAGCGCCCGCAAGGUCCCCCUGCUCAAGAAAGCACAUAUACAGGCCCGUCUGAAGUUUGCCAAUGAACAUCUGAAUGAUUCAGAGGAGAACUGGGUGAAAGUGGUGGUCAGAUGAGACCAAAAUCGAGCUCUUUGGCAUCAACUCAACUUGCCGUGUUUGGAGGAGGAGGAAUUCUGCCUAUGACCCCAAGAACACCAUCCCCACCGUCAAACAUGGAGGUGGAAACAUUAUGCUUUGGGGGUGUUUUUCUGCUAAGGGGACAGGACAACUUCACCGCAUCAAAAGGGACGAUGGACGGGGCCAUGUACCGUCAAAUCUUGGGUGAGAACCUCCUUCCCUCAGCCAGGGCAUUGAAAAUGGGUCGUGGAUGGGUAUUCCAGCAUGACAAUGACCCAAAACACACGGCCAAGGCAACAAAGGAGUGGCUCAAGAAGAAGCACAUUAAGGUCCUGGAGUGUCCUAGCCAGUCUCCAGACCUUAAUCCCAUAGAAAAUCUGUGGAGGGAGCUGAAUGUUCGAGUUGCCAAACGUCAGCCUCGAAACCUUAAUGACUUGGAGAAGUUCUGCAAAGAGGAGUGGGACAAAAUCCCUCCUGAGAUGUGUGCAAACCUGGUGGCCAACUACAAAAAAACGUCUGACCUCUGUGAUUGCCUACAAGGGUUUUGCCACCAAGUACUAAGUCAUGUUUUGCAGAGGGGUCAAAUACUUAUUUCCCUCAUUAAAAUGCAAAUCAAUUAAUAACAUUUUUGACAUGCGUUUUUCUGGAUUUUGUUGUUGUUAUUCUGUCUCUCACUGUUCAAAUAAACCUACCAUUAAAAUUAUAGACUGAUCAUGUCUUUGUCAGUGGUUAAACGUACAAAAUUAGCAGGGGAUCAAAUACUUUUUUCCCUCACUGUAUAUAUAUAUGUAUAUUAUGUCCAUAUAAUGGUGUGUAAAGACAGUAUGGACAGUAUAUGAAUAGAAAAGGUGUGUACAGCAUUAGUUAUAUAGGAUGAGCCUUGACAAGAAUACAGUAUAUACAUAUAAAGUCUGUCCACCUGUCUGCCUGUCUUUGACUCUGUGUAGAUGCAGUAUUCUGGGACAGUAUCUCCUUCUAUAGCCAAUAUACACAUCCAGAUACUCUGAAAGCACAUGACUGUAAAAACAAUGAUUAAUAUACACAUCCAGAUACUCUGAAAGCACAAGACUGUAAAAACAAUGAUUAAUAUACACAUCCAGAUACUCUGAAAGCACGACUGUAAAAACAAUGAUUAAACCAUGCCGUCAUCUACUGACCUUAACGCCCAGUGACACAACAUUAUAUAUUCUGUUAAAUGAAUGAGUGAAAUUCUGUAGACUUGGAAAGCGAGCAGGAAUGAACAAAGGCCUGCGGUCCCGACAUGUAGUCCUUUUCUGUUAUCAGCCGCUGUGGCUACAUUGACUGACUCCUGCAGAGCAGAACCAACCCUACACUGACUGACUCUCCUGCAGAGCAGAACCAACCCUACACUGACUGACUCCUGCAGAGCAGAACCAACCCUACACUGACUGACUCCUGCAGAGAAGAAACAACCCUACACUGACUGACUCUCCUGCAGAGCAGAACCAACCCUACACUGACUGACUCCUGCAGAGCAGAACCAACACCACACUGACUGACUCCUGCAGAACAGAACCAACCCUACACUGACUGACUCCUGCAGAACAGACCCAACCCUACACUGACUGACCCGUGCAGAACAGAACGGACACUUAUCUACACCAGAUAGCAGGUGACACGCUGGCUGACAUAUUUAUAAUGGCUGUGCUGUGCUGUGUGUGUGUGUGUGUGUCUGUGUGUGUGUGAUGCUUCCUCUCUCCAGAGAAACUCCUCCUGAAGCCUCAAGACAGGCUCUACUCUGAUUCGCUGACAGCGGUGGGGAGGCUGCACGUGCGCAGAAAGGACCUGAGUGAAGUCAUGGUAGGAAUCACAAUGAGUCCACUUCAAUGAAGUUCCUCAGCAGGCUACAAAGUGAAUGAAUCUAGCAGAUUUGACAGUACUCAGGCCUCCUAUCAAACAACUUAUUAUUUGGUUUAUCACAUUCUAUUCCUGAUACCUAUUGGACCUGCUUCCAGCCUAUAACCCACAGGGUAAUAACAUCAGAAAAUAAUGUUAUUACAUGUCCCAACAGAACAUAUAACACAUUCAUUUCUCCUCUCAGAACCCGUUCACAGACAACACAGAGCUACAACAGAGGUCAGCUCGCAUGCUGAGUACGAACACAUGGGACGUGGCUGUCACCCUUACAAACUUUGACUGGAGCAUCUUCAACUCAAUACAUGAGGUCCGUGACAUCAUCUUUUGUCCAUCACCUACACUAUGCAUGCGUCCCAAUUGGCACCCUAUUCACUAUACUGCACUUUUUUUUGACCAGGGCCCAUAGAGCUCUGGUCCAAAGUACUGCACUAUAAAGGGAAUAUGGUGCCAUUUGGGACACAGUUAAAGAUCUUAGUGAUUCAAAGCUUUCUACAAGCUCAACCCUGUCCUGUCCGGUCCGGUCCGGUCUCUCUCCCGUACAGCAAGAGCUUGUGUACUUCACGUUCAGCCGUCAUGCCAGCGGUGGCCACACGGUGGCGCUGGAGCUUCUGCUGCAGCGCUGCAACGAGGUACAGCUGUGGGUGAUGACAGAAGUCCUGAUGUGUCCUACGCUCUGCAAGAGAGUCCAGCUCAUCAAGAAGUUCAUCAAGAUCGCUGCCCAGUGAGCAACUCUCCUCUUCCCUCUCCUCUUCUCUGACCACAACAUAGUAGGAUCCAGCAUUCAGAGCAGAGUUGUUAGAUCCUCAAAAUGUACUGAUGUCCUCUUCUACAGCAGUAUGACUGGUCCAUUUCACUAAGAGCCCAAUACUUCAACUACAGCAAUCUACAAUCCUAUUAUAGCUGGUCUAACGUAUUCAAUAGUGAGGUUUGCAUGGACAGGAUGCCCCCUCCUGUGGUUUAGUGAGGAAUUACAGAUAGUAUUCCUGUCUCACCACUGUAUGAAGCUGGUGUUAACAGUGUGUCUGUCUUUAUUUCCUCAGCUGUAAAGCCCAGAGGAACCUCAACUCUUUCUUUGCCAUCGUUAUGGGUCUGAACACCGCAGCAGUUAGCCGCCUCAGUCAGACCUGGGAGGUCAGUGUGUAUCUGCUUCUGUACGUGACUGUUUAUGAUGGGAUGUCUUUUAAGCUUUUCAAAGAAACUGGUCUUGAUUGUCAAAAUAGGAGAGAGUUGUGUAACUUUCUUUUGUUGCUUUGGGGAGGGUUGAGUGUUUAUUGGGCACAGGGGAGGGUAGUGUUUUUAUUGGACACAGUGGAGGGUAGUGUUUUUAUUGGGCACUGUGGAGUGUAGUGUUUUUAUUGGGCACAGGGGAGGGUAGUGUUUUUAUUGGGCACAGGGGAGGGUAGUGUGUUUUUAUUGGGCACAGGGGAGGGUAGUGUUUUUAUUGGUCACAGUGGAGGGUAGUGUUUUUAUUGGGCACAGUGGAGGAUAGUGUUUUUAUUGGGCACAGUGGAGGGUAGUGUUUUUAUUGGUCACAGUGGAGGAUAGUGUUUUUAUUGGACACAGUGGAGGGUAGUGUUUUUAUUGGGCACAGGGGAGGGUAGUGUGUUUUUAUUGGGCACAGGGGAAGGUAGUGUUUUUAUUGGUCACAGUGGAGGAUAGUGUUUUUAUUGGGCACAGUGGAGGGUAGUGUUUUUAUUGGGCUCAGUGGAGGAUAGUGUUUUUAUUGGACACAGUGGAGGGUAGUGUUUUUAUUGGGCACAGGGGAGCAUAGUGUUUUUAUUUGGCACAGGGGAGGGUAGUGUUUUAUUGGGCACCGGGGAGGAUAGUGUUUUUAUUGGGCACAGGGGAGGAUAGUGUUUUUAUUGGACACAGUGGAGGGUAGUGUUUUUAUUGGGCACAGGGGAGGAUAGUGUUUUUAUUGGGCACAGGGGAUGAUAGUGUUUUUAUUGGGCACAGGGGAGGGUAGUGCAUUUUUCUCUGGUUUACUAUAUAAUGUCUUCCAUAUAGCCACAUUUCCUCAUCUGCUUGCAUGCACCUCCCCUAUCAAGGUGUUUUGGUACUUCCCUUCUGCACUAUGCUUUUCCACAUGCUUUCUAUACCACAGGUCAAUAUAGUCUACCAGUCUAACUGCCCUCUAUCCAUAGUGACUACAGUAGUAGGUGGAUCAUAUAUAGUCUACCAGUCUAACUGCCCUCUAUCCAGUGACUACAGUAGUAGGUGGAUACUUUGUCCAGAUCUGCAAUAGGUUAACUAGCAAUCAUACCACAUAUAAAAUCAUUCAAAUCUGCACCAAUGUUCAAUAUAAAUCCCCAGGAUAGAGGAAUAGCUGAUAGGCAGCAGACAGGCCAGGUGCAUCAUUGCGCAUGAAAGAAGAGUGAAGACAUGCAGCUCAAAAAGCUCCCCUAUUGGUCUUGUUUAGGGACAAUACAAUGAUCCUACCUGAACUAGCCUACAACACCACAAUGCAAUGAAUAAUUCCAUUAUUGUUAUCAAGUGAGUACAAUUCUACUCUAGGCUGUAGACUGUAGUGAAAAUGUCAUUUGAAAAUGGCGUAAAAGCCGUGUUAUUUGAAUGUUUCAUUCCAUGGAUCAGUUGUGGGUCUACUCUCUACAGAUUCUAGAAAGGCACAGUAGCAGGUCAGUCUGGCUGUAUUUUUACAUCUGAUGCACUGUCUGUUGCCGAUCGUCAUUCUCCCAAGUCUUCUCCACGUAGGCCUGUGCUCCCAGCAGGCCCAGUUAUUCAGGAAAGCUUAACACACGUUCUGCCUCCUUUCCCAUCUGAGCGGCUAUUCUUCGACCUAGAACCUAAACGCCUAAAUAUAGUCACAAUGUUUUAAUCUGAUAAGGCUACUUCAAAAGUCUCCUGUAGGCUACUUGCUCACGUUCAUCCACUCCACUCUAAUAUACACAGUGUACAAAACAUUAGGAACACCUCCCUAAUAUUGAGUUGCACCCCCUUUUGCCCUUAGAACAGCCUCAAUUCGUCGGGGCAUUGACUCUGCAAGGUGUCGAAAGCGUUCCACAGGGAUACUGCCCCAUGUUGACUCCAAUGCUUCCCACAGUUGUGUCAAGUUGGCUGGAUGUCCUUUGGGUGGUGGACCGUUCUUGAUACACACAGGAAACUGUUGAGCGUGAAAAACCCAGCAGCAUUGCAGUUCUUGACACACAAACCGGUGUGCCUGGCACCUACUACCAUACCCCAUUCAAAGGCACUUCAAUCUUUUGUCUUGCCCAUUCACCCUCUGAAUGGCACACAUACACAAUCCAUCUCUCAUUUGUCUUAAGGCUUAAAUAUCCUUCUUUAACCUGUCUACUCCCCUUCAUCUACACUGAUUGAAGUAGAUUUAACAAGUGACAUCAAUAAGGGAUCAUAGCUUUCACCUGGAUUCACCUGGUCAGACUAUGUCAUGGAAAGAGCAGGUGUUCCUAAUGUUUUGUACACUCAAUUCCAGCAUCUUAACUGCGCAACGACCAUUUGAUUAAUGGAAAGAGACAUCUGUUACAAAACACCAAAAAGUUUAAUGACGUUCGGAGAUUGUCACACUAAGCCUUCGAUACUGAGUAGGGAGGGAUGUAUUUCCUGUUUUUGGAGAUCGACAUACUCUACUUGAUUGUGAUGUUAAAAACGCAAACCAUGAUGAUAAGCGCUCUAAGUCAGUAAUCGGUAUACGUUGCUUAAUGGUUGUGUGUGGUGCAUCGGCAUAGAAACCUGUUGGUGGAAAACACAGGAAGUUGGUGUGGCACCUUAAUUGGGGAGGACGGGCUUGUGGUAAUGGCUGGAGCGGAAUAAGUGGAAUGGUAUCAAAUACAACAAAACAUGAUUUCCAUGUGUUUGAUGACAUUCCAUUUGUUCAGUUCCGGCUAUUAAUAUGAGCCGUCCUCUCCUCAGCAUCCUCCCCUGGUGGGAAAUUAAUUGCAAAUAUUGCAUAUAAUUAUAAAUAUAGCAUCAAACUGUUGAAAAUCUGAUUUCCCCUUAGCUGAUCAUUGUCUACAGCCGGGUCUGAUCGUAGUGUAAUGAGACAACCAGGGAGAGUGAGCUCGUACGUGGUGGUCGACCUUCUGGCCGGUAGCCCUGUGCGGCAUCGACUGUGCCACAAAACCAUGCUGAAGUGGCAAAGUCAAUAUCCACGUUUACAAACACAGGGUUACUACAGUUAUUGUUAUUUAUGGUGGUAAUAAUACAGGGGAGGGUCUGAGUAGACCCAGUACAUUUCGAACUGUCCCCAACUCAACCUGUUUUUCUUUCCAUCAGAAAGUUCCAGGAAAAUUCAAAAAACUGUUUUCGGAGCUGGAGAUGUUGACAGUAAGUUCAUUUUUCUCAGAUUGUAUAGAGAUCCUGUAAUAAUGAACGUGACUCUACAUGGAAUUCUGUGUUGCACGUCUAGUAUUAAGAACAUGUUGGGUCAUCUGGCCAUUAAACAGGCUACACGUUUUCAACGUUGAGUUAAUAGAAGCAGCAGGCUUGAUAAUUAUCACUAGGUCUGGUCUCUGGGGACACAGUAACAUAUGGUAGGGGUUGUGAGGGCUCCUUCAGUGCACAUGUUUGAGUCCCAAAUGGCACCCUAUGACUUACAUAGUGCACUACAGUGAGGGAAAAAAGUAUUUGAUCCCCUGCUGAUUUUGUACGUUUGCCCACUGACAAAGACAUGAUCAGUCUAUAAUUUUAAUGGUAGGUUUAUUUGAACAGUGAGAGACAGAAUAACAACAACAAAAUCCAGGAUAAUGCAUGUCAAAAAUGUUAUAAAUUGAUUUGCAUUUUAAUGAGGGAAAUAAGUAUUUGACCCCCUCUCAAUCAGAAAGAUUUCUGGCUCCCAGGUGUCUUUUAUACAGGUAAUGAGCUGAGAUUAGGAGCACACUCUUAAAGGGAGUGCUCCUAAUCUCAGCUUGUUACCUCUAUAAAAGACACCUGUCCACAGAAGCAAUCAAUCAAUCAGAUUCCAAACUCUCCACCAUGGCCAAGACCAAAGAGCUCUCCAAGGAUGUCAGGGACAAGAUUGUAGACCUACACAAGGCUGGAAUGGGCUACAAGACCAUCGCCAAGCAGCUUGGUGAGAAGGUGACAACCGUUGGUGCGAUUAUUUGCAAAUGGAAGAAACACAAAAUAACUGUCAAUCUCCCUCGGCCUGGGGCUCCAUGCAAGAUCUCACCUCGUGGAGUUGCAAUGAUCAUGAGAACGGUGAGGAAUCAGCCCAGAACUACACGGGAGGAUCUUGUCAAUGAUCUCAAGGCAGCUGGGACCAUAGUCACCAAGAAAACAAUUGGUAACACACUACGCCGUGAAGGACUAAAAUCCUGCAGCGCCCGCAAGGUCCCCCUGCUCAAGAAAGCACAUAUACAGGGCCGUCUGAAGUUUGCCAAUGAACAUCUGAAUGAUUCAGAGGAGAACUGGGUGAAAGUGUUGUGGUCAGAUGAGACCAAAAUCGAGCUCUUUGGCAUCAACUCAACUCGCCGUGUUUGGAGGAGGAGGAAUGCUGCCUAUGACCCCAAGAACACCAUCCCCACCGUCAAACAUAGAGGUGGAAACAUUAUGCUUUGGGGGUGUUUUUCUGCUAAGGGGACAGGACAACUUCACCGCAUCAAAGGGACGAUGGACGGGGCCAUGUACCGUCAAAUCUUGGGUGAGAACAUUCCCUCAGCCAGGGCAUUGAAAAUGGGUCGUGGAUGGGUAUUCCAGCAUGACAAUGACUCAAAACACACGGCCAAGGCAACAAAGGAGUGGCUCAAGAAGAAGCACAUUAAGGACCUGGAGUGGCCUAGCCAGUCUCCAGACCUUAAUCCCAUAGAAAAUAUGUGGAGGGAGCUGAAGGUUCGAGUUGCCAAACGUCAGCCUCGAAACCUUAAUGACUUGGAGAAGAUCUGCAAAGAGGAGUGGGACAAAAUCCCUCCUGAGAUGUGUGCAAACCUGGUGGCCAACUACAAGAAACGUCUGACCUCUGUGAUUGCCAACAAGGGUUUUGCCACCAAGUACUAAGUCAUGUUUUGCAGAGGGGUCAAAUACUUAUUUCCCUCAUUAAAAUGCAAAUCAAUUUAUAACAUUUUUGACAUGCGUUUUUAUGGAUUUUUUUGUUGCUAUUCUGUCUCUCACUGUUCAAAUAAACCUACCAUUAAAAUUAUAGACUGAUCAUGUCUUUGUCAGUGGGCAAACGUACAAAAUCAGCACGGGGAUCAAAUACUUUUUUCCCUCACUGUACAUUUGACCAGAGCCCUAUGGACCCCCUAUGGGCCCUAGUCAUAAGUAUAUGUUGCCAUUUGGAACGCAGCAGAACACGUUUCUCGCCAAAGACAAGCGUCACACAUCACAUCUGUCUGUACAUGUCUUCACAGGACCCCUCUCUCAACCACAAAGCCUACAGGGACGCUUUCAAGAAGAUGAAGACGCCCAAGAUCCCUUUCCUUCUUCUGUUACUGAAAGGUGCCUAGACUCAGAGAACACUGCAUGUUACUGUCAUCACUGCCCCCUGAACCCUGCAGUGGUCUGAAAUGUUACUGUCAUCACUGCCCUCUGAAUCCUGCAGUGGUCUGAAAUGUUACUGUCAUCACUGCCUCCUGAUCCCUGCAGUGGUCUGAAAUGUUACUGUCAUCACUGCCUCCUGAUCCCUGCAGUGGUCUGAAAUGUUACUGUCAUCACUGCCUCCUGAUCCCUGCAGUGGUCUGAAAUGUUACUGUCAUCACUGCCUCCUGAUCCCUACAGUGGUCUGAAAUGUUAUUGUCAUCACUGCCCCCUGAACCCUGCAGUGGUCUGAAAUGUUACUGUCAUCACUGCCUCCUGAUCCCUGCAGUGGUCUGAAAUGUUACUGUCAUCACUGCCCCUGAACCCUGCAGUGGUCUGAAAUGUUACUGUCAUCACUGCCCCCUGAACCCUGCAGUGGUCUGAAAUGUUACUGUCAUCACUGCCCCCUGAACCCUGCAGUGGUCUGAAAUGUUACUGUCAUCACUGCCUCCUGAACCCUGCAGUGGUCUGAAAUGUUACUGUCAUCACUGCCUCCUGAACCCUGCAGUGGUCUGAAAUGCCAACAGGAAUAUUGUGAACUAAAUUUAAAAUCAGGAUCGACGCACUAGCGCUCAGUUUUUUAACGCUGGUACAUUACUCCCUUUCUCUUAGACAUCACGUUCAUUCACGAGGGCAACAAAACGUUUCUCGAUAACCUGGUCAAUUUUGAAAAG